AUGGUAGAUGCACAUCAGCCUGGUUUUUCUCUUAACAAUUCGGUUCAGGAGGUUUAUGUCAAUGGGACUUGGGGAUGGCCAGUGGCGUGGAGGGACAUGUUUCCAGUCUUAAUACAACUGGAUAGUAUUCAUUUGAUGCCUAAUACUCCGGAUCGUCUAAUGUGGAAAGAUGGUAAUGAUUUAGUUGAGCAUUCUUCAUCCCAGGUUUGGCAUUCGAUUAGGCGUCGAGCUGAAGAGGUGGAUUGGGUUAUACUUGUUUGGUUCCCUCAGUGCAUUCCUAAGCAUGCUUUUCUUAUGUGGCUUGUCAUUCGUCGUAAACUUUUGACGCAAGACAAGAUUCUCCAAUGGGAUUUCACGAGAAGAAAGAAUAUGAAUAUGAUGUGCUGUCUCUUGUGCUAUGCUAAUGUUGAUGCUCACGACCAUCUGUUUUUUGAUUGCAAUUAUGCUACUCAAGUUUGGAUCAAGAUUCGUGACAAAGGAGGGAUAAGCUCGGUGGGUCCGGCAUGGAACGCUAUUAUUGACUGGUUGGGGGCUAGGGCUAAUUCUAAGUCAGCAAUUAACUUUAUUAGCAGGCUCAUAGUUGCUGCUGCUGUUUAUUUCGUGUGGCAGGAGCGGAAUGCUAGGCUAUUCAGAAACCAGACAACACCUCCAGAUGCUUUGGCUAAUUUAAUUUUGCAAACUGUUCGAUAUAAACUAAUUGGAGUCAAGUUUAAGGAGUGCAACAGGGUGCGAAGACUAUUGGAAGCUUGGGAAAUCUACAACAACUUGGACGAUAAAGGCGGCUGA